UGAAAUAUUGCAAUGUCAGUAAUCUAAAAUAAAAGAACAUAUAAGCAUUGUUUGUCUUUUAUAGAAAAGUAUCUUAUACAGUGUAGACCAGACACAUCAACAAACUGGAGCUCCAUUAACCCUUAGUUGGGCGGCGACAAUAAUGGUGCAACGAUCCUCCGUGAUACGUUUCGAUCCAGGACGUUUGGCGAAGUAAUGGUUAAUUGGAGACCCCCCAUUAUAAAAAGGAGUGACGUCAAUACUUUCAGGCAAGCGCGCAAACGGAGAGACAACUUUGGAGUGCAGGAUAAUCAGGAUAUAGAACAUGGCUGUAAAUGUGCGUUUGUCAUCAAAUGCCCCAUGCAGUCAUGCCGAGUUGCUGGUGUGGUUUAACGAAACACUGAACACAGAAUUCACAAUGAUUCAGCAGCUCAGCUCAGGUGCAGCUUUCUGUCAAUUAAUGGAUUAUAUUUACCCUGGUUCUCUCUCUCUGAAGAAAGUAAAUUUUCAAGCUCUUGAGGAGAAUGACUUUAUCAACAAUUUCAAUCUCUUAAACGAAAGCUUUGUGAAAAUGGGUGUAACAAGGUCUAUUCCAGUAGAAGAACUACUGAGAGGGAAAUUCAAUGAAAAUUUCAAGUUUGCUAAGUGGUUCAAGAAGUUUUUUGAUGCUAACUACAAUGGCCAUGAAUAUAAUCCCGUAGCUGCUCGCAAGGGUGAAGAAAUACUGCCAAUUACUCAUAUUCGUGGAGUCCCUCUUGAACAGAUUAUGAAUAGGAGUUUAACACCUUCAGGAAUAAGGAUAAAGAGAGAAGAGCCUGAUCUUGAGAUUGACACACCAAAGAAAAAGCAGAGGAAUACUUCUUUCAACGACUCAUGGCAAGAAACAUUUCCUUGGGCCAAUCCAAGCAUUCGUGGAAACUUCUAUGCACAUUGUGCACUUUGUGAAAAAGACAUAACCGUUCAUAAUAAAGUAGCUGAUUUAAUCCGUCAUUCACAAACAAAAAGACAUCGUCGAAGUAAAAAUAAACAUUCUUUGGAUCAUGCAAACAGUGAUAUAUAUCAUAGUUUUUCAAACUAUUUUUCCUCUGGAGACAUCACUCUAAAAUUCAUUGGCAGGUAUUGCCAGAACAUAAAAGUUGUUCAGCAGAUUAAAAAAGAAGGCAAAGUUUCACCUCGUAUUGCAAAGUUUGUCCUUGGACUGAAUUACCCAGAAGAUAUAAUCUCCAAAUGUCAAAAGACUCCAUUUUGUGUUUAUGUUUACUGGAGAAUGAAUUUGGGCAAGGAGAGUGCAAAUGUCUUUUUGGUUGGACUAUUUGAUCAAACAAUUGGUAAGAAUGUGUUUCGCAUUCUUGAUAUCACAGAGCAUGCCAUGGACUCGACUCAGCAGGUGUCUGCUUGCCUACUGGAAACUCUUAAGAAGUUUAAUAUACCUGUUAUGAAUCUCAUGUCUUUCUACCUGAAUGAUGCAGCUUUAGCAGCUGAGAGCUACGAGAGCAUUUUAACCUGCGUGAAACGGAGGAACCCUAGUGUAAUCAGUGUUAGAAUACCAUGCAAUUUAAUAGACUGUCUCUGCAAAUCUGCUAUUAGGAAAUUAUCUUCACCAGUUAAUGACCUUAUCUCUGAUAUCCAAUACUACUUCAGUCACUCCCCUAAAGUUACUGCAUUUCAGGAACUUUUUCAUAACUUGGAACUUUUAAACAAUGACCGUGAUGCAUCUAGCCACUGCCUUAUUAUGAAGAAAAUAGUGAAGGAAAUGGAUGAGAUGUGGCCAAGUCUUAAAAGUUACUUUAUGUCACCUGAACGUAGUACAGAAAAGGCUAAACUAAUUUUUGACAGGCUACAAAACCACAAAAUUAGAUUAACGUUUCACUUUCUCAAAUAUUCUUUAGAAACAUUGUGUGCCUUAAAUGAAAAGCUGCAUGGUCAAAAUAACCAUACAAUGCAAAUGCUGAAGGACAUCAGCUAUACUGUGAGUUGUUAUGCUGGGAGACUAUUACAGCCUGAAGCCGCACUCCGGUUGUUAAAGACUGGUGAUCCAACAGUGCUUGAAUACCCGACAAACAUUCUUCCUCAAAAUGAGCUCUUCAUUGGCACAGAUACUGAGAAAUACUUGGUAGAACAUGAAGAGCUAACAACAAAUUCACACAUCAUUGACAGCUUUUUCAAAGAUGUAGAAUUGUUUUAUGUGGAGGUAAUGAAACAGUUGCUUAAUGUACUUCCUUUUAGCAAUAACUGUUUAAAAAACAUUAUAAAAAUCUUAAAUCCAGCCUGCAAAAUGUCGACCACACAAACCAUUUUGGUUGAAGUUGCUUCAGAAUUAAGAAUCUGCAAAACUGCAGAGGAUAUUGCACAACUAAAGACGGAGUUCUCACUUUAUCAGUCUACAAAAAUUGAUCAUGAAGACACUAAUUCCACUUUUCAAUUGUCAAUGCCAUACUGGAGUAAAGUUUUAAAGCUGCUCACGACCUCUACAGAAACAAAAUCUCUUUUUGGGAAGCUAAUUCACACUUUGUUUUGCCUGCCGCCCUCUGAUCUUCAACCUGAAAUAGCCUUCCACAAGGCAAUAAAGAAUGGUGAUGCCUCACUAUUAGGAAGCAACCAGUAUAACAGUGAAAGUGAGAUAGAUCUCACAAGCGACAAUGAAAACAGUGUUCUUUCAUCCAAUGAGUCUUCCACUCUCGCAAUAAAAGAAGGUUUUACUGACUGUAUGCUAACAAAGCCCUGUUUUGUGCUGCUGGAGAAAGGGAAUUAUAACAAUACAACUAUUAUAUGUAAGGGCAACACCAGUUCUACUCAGGACAGUUCUCUCUCUUUUGAUGAGGGGAGAACCAGAGGGAUUUGUGGGUGGGAGUCCAGUCUCCGACAGAAACCUCCACCUCGAAAAGUAUUUCAGGCAGGUGCACAUACCUGGAAGGAACCAAAGAACUGUGAAAUUGUUCCGAGCAAAGAUAAAAUUCCAUUGUCCCCUGUGAUUAAAAAAGAAAUCCGCACUUCAACACCAAUUAAGCCACCAAGCAAGUCUUACCCAUACCUGGAUGGAAAGGGAUUCAAGAUUGGAGAGCUAGUCUUUGGAAAAGUGAAGGGUUUUAGCAGGUGGCCUGGAAUUGUCGUCGGCUGGCCAAAUAAGCAGAUUCCAAAAGGAAUGAGAAGAGUGGAAUGGUAUGGUGACGGAAUGUUUUCUGAAAUUUAUAUUGACAUGUUGGUACCUUAUGCUGCAUUUUCCAAAUACUUUGAUAAGUCCUCUUAUAAUGAACAACCAGUUUACAAGAAGGCCAUAAUUCAGUCCAUUGAGUUAGCUGCUGAAAGGUCCAAAAAAAAAUUUCCACCCUGUGCUGGUGGUAACCAGGAAGACAGAAACAAGCAACUUGUGGACUGGGCAAUGGGAGGAUUUCAGCCAACUGGACCUCAUGGAUUCAAAUCACCAAUUACUUUUAGACAUUCAUUUGCAAUAUCCAAGUUGAAGACAUCUAACUGUGAAUACCAGCCCCCUGCCAAAAAACACAAAAUCCUUUGUAAAAGCAAAACUGGUGUACAAUCUCAUAACCGAGCUGAAAUGGUCCAAAGAGUUUUGCACAAAGGAAAAAUCAUUGAAAACUUUUGCUUAUCAUGUGGCUCCCCAGAAACAGAGACAUUUCACCCUCUCUUUGAAGGCGGUUUGUGCGUUAGAUGCAAGGAUAAUUUUACAGAAACAGUGUACAGGUAUGAUGAGGAUGGGUAUCAGUCUUACUGCACUAUAUGCUGUGCUGGCCUAGAAGUCAUAUUGUGUGGAAACUCUAGUUGCUGCCGCUGUUACUGCAUUGACUGCUUAGAUACUUUGGUUGGGGCUGGAACUUUUGAAAAACUGAAGAAUGUAGACCCAUGGAGCUGUUACAUAUGUAUGCCGUCAGCCCGUUACGGAGUUCUGAAGCAGAGGCCCAACUGGAGUGUUAAAGUGCAGCAGUUCUUUGCCAAUAACAGUGGAAUGGAAUUUGAACCCCACAGACUUUACCCUGCAGUCCCUGCUGAUCAACGUCGACCAAUUAGAGUAUUGUCCCUUUUUGAUGGUAUUGCCACAGGUUAUCUUGUCUUGAAAGAUCUUGGAUUAAAAAUUGAUAAGUACUAUGCUUCAGAGAUUUGUGAGGACUCGAUUGCUGUUGGACUGGUAAAGCAUGAAGGCAAAAUUCAAUAUGUAGAUGAUGUGCGAAGCAUAACAAAGAAGCACAUUGCAGAAUGGGGUCCCUUUGAUCUUUUAAUUGGCGGAAGUCCUUGCAAUGAUCUUUCUAUUGUUAACCCAGCAAGAAAGGGGCUAUAUGAGGGGACAGGAAGAUUGUUCUUUGAAUACUAUCGGCUUUUAAACUUGCUAAAGCCAAAAGAUGAUGAUAAUAGACCAUUUUUCUGGAUGUUUGAAAAUGUGGUUGCCAUGGGAGUUAAUGAUAAGCGAGACAUUUCUCGUUUUUUAGAGUGUCAUCCAGUUCUAAUAGAUGCUGUCAAAGUCAGUCCUGCUCAUAGAGCAAGAUAUUUUUGGGGCAACAUACCCGGAAUGGACAGGCCCAUAGCUGCAUCUUCUAAUGACAAACUAGAACUUCAAGAAUGUUUGGAACAUGGACGAAUGGCAAAGUUUUCAAAGGUUCGGACUAUAACAACUCGUACAAAUUCAAUUAAACAGGGUAAAGAAGCAAUGAUGCCAGUGAUGAUGCAAGGAAAAGAAGAUAUGUUAUGGUGUACAGAGAUGGAAAGGAUUUUUGGAUUUCCAAAGCAUUAUACAGAUGUCAGCAAUAUGGGACGUGGAGCUCGCCAGAAAGUUCUUGGGAGGUCGUGGAGUGUCCCUGUGAUCCGGCAUUUGUUUGCACCCCUCAAAGACUACUUUGCCUGUGAAACACAAUAGGACUGCACAACCAAGGAAACCUCAAGCUAAGCAUUGAGCUGUAACAGUAAUGCGGCAAAAGGAAACUGAAGAACACCAGACAUAUACACAGCAGUAGAGAUGUCUCUUCCUGUCUCCAUUUUAAUUUGCACUGUUUUCUCAUAUAGCUGUUCUUCAUCAUUCCAUUUUGUCAUACUUGUUACACAUCUUGUAUCUGGACCUAUAGAUACAACAGUUUUUAUCAUUUUUAAAUGGGUUUUAAAAUGGCAAAAAAGUCAGUGGGCCUAUCUGCAGCUAUGAUCAGUUAUAAAUUGCACAUCUUAAUUUUCAUCGCUGACCGUGGUGCUGUUACUCUAUAUUCUCCGAAUAUUUUACAGAAUUUUAAAGGUCACUUUAGUUUGCUUUUUUAUGAUUUUUGUUAGGUUAAACCUUUUAUCUCAGUCAUGUUUUUAGUCUACCUCUGCACGUUUGCUGUGAAGAGUAUUUAUACUCUUAGUAAAAAAAUAUUUGGGUGCUAACAUAUAUAUAAUAAUCAGGAAAAAAAGGGACUUCCCCUUUUUGCCUUACACUUUUGUUACAUUAAUACUGAUUAAGAGUGUUUUAGGUUGUGUGAGUAAAUUUAUAAUGCUUCUUUAGAAAAGCUUUAAAAGUUUACUUGCAAAUUUGCUAAGACAAAAUUGUGUAUUGUGAAUAUGUAAUGAAAUUAAGGAGCUCCUAGCAAAAUUUUGUAAUGGACAUUUACAGUGUAGCUUCCUGCUGUUCUCACCUGAUGAUCAUUUUUAUUGUUUUUAAUGUGUGAUAGCUUUUCAUUUACAAGGGUGAAAAAACUUAUCUCAACUGUCAGAGAACGUUUACCAAGUCAAGAACGAGUUCACUGAAGAUCCCACGUCAUUGCAUUCUUCUGUACGCAGGUGGUGGCUUAUUAUCACCCACUGGAACUUAAGAAAAGUAAAAACCAGCGCAAUAGCUGAUUCAUUAAGCUCAGCGCAAUUGAGCCAAGGUAUGUUUAUUGUUGGCCAGUGCCUUUGGAUCAAGCAUUUCUGAGACGCAGGUUAUUUGAACUUACCACUUUUUAAGAGUGUCAUGAAUAACUUGUCAAGACUUUCUCACACUGAUGAGCAAUAACAUUCAAGGUGCUUUAUUUUAAACAUAAAUACAUUUUAAGAUAGUUUUCCUAACUUUCAAAUCAUGUUUUCACUAAAGCAAUGUGUUUUGUUUUAAUUCCAUGGCUUUAACAUAAUUAGGUUUAAGUAUGUUAACGUUGAAUGAUUGUUUCUAUUCUGUCUCAAAGCUAUUGGCCUUCAUUUACUUUUUUUGCAUUGUUUUUGUUUUGCAUAAAAUAUUCUAAAUAUCAUUGAAUCAUGUUACAUACUUUUUACCAUAUUCGGUGGUUUAUUUGAUUACAUUUGUGCUUGUGUAUGAACCACAUCUUCUGUCAAAUGCUACAAAAGUAAUGGAGUGUAGUUAUUCUUUUUUCCCCAAAUAGUAUAUACACCAGCUUGGAAUCAAAGCAUUUAAUAAUUUGUACAACUAUUUCUAGAGUUAAUAUUUUAGGAAUUCAUUUGACAUAUUCAAUCUUUAUGUUGUUUACUUGAAGCCCAGAUAGUACUUAUUUUUCACACUUAUUUUCUAAAAUAAGUGUGUUGGUUUUGUAGGCCCAACCCAGUGUGAUAAAUAAUGUGCUUUAAAAAUAGUCAGGGAGUAAGACAAGGGUUCAUAGGACUUCACAAUGAAGUUGUUGAUUGUUUACAUACUGUGGAAGAAAAUUGCCAUAAUGCCUUUUAUGUAACCCAGUUUGACUUAUUGGUGCUUUUUAUACAUUUGGAUGCCUUGAUGUGCCAUGCUUUGCAUAAACACCAUAGACUAUAAGUUUCUAAUUCCAAAAAAUGGCCAGCCUGUGUUGGCUAGGAUUGGCUCCAGCAGAACCCCGUGACACUGUGUUAGGAUAUAGCGGGUUGGAGGAUAUAUAUAUCCUCCAACCCGAAUGGACCAACAUUCCUCCGAAUGUGCUCCAGGUGCCUCCUGGUGAGCUCCCUUCGGCCCUUCCUGGUGUGGCGGAAGUGCCGCACAAGCACCCCGAAGCACUAAGAGUGUCCCUGGUUUUCUUUCCGCCAGCACCUUGAGGUGUGGCAGAAGUGCUGACAUCCAGGGCUUCUCAGGCGUCUGGGCGCCCCCUGGUGGUGACCACGGGCCCCUAUAGGGUUGAGCUUUCAUGCUCCGUUCCCGUGGCCCUCAUACAAACCAGGGCGGCUGCCCUCUCGUGGUCCGGAGGAGGCGUAGUCCCUCUCCCGGUUCUUCCAGGAGUCCCGGUAUAUAUAUAGUGUAUUGUUUUAUUUUGACCAACACACAUUUAACAUUAAUGUGUACUUUCAUAUGUGGUAUGGUGCUUUGUGCUGCUGCCUCACAGUUAGAGGGGCUUAUGUUUGAAUCAUAGUUUGAUCGCUUUCUAUUUGCAUUUUGCUCCAUACACUCUGUUUUUAUCUCACUUUAAAAAGAUAUGCAUCUUAGGUUGAGUAGAAAAUAUCCAUUAACCCAGUGAGUAUCAUUGUGACAGACUGACAUUCUAUGCUGGGUUACCUUUAACUUUCUACUUGGUGCUUUCCAGGAUUUGCUCCCAUUCCCAAGGAUCCUUUAUUGGAAUAAAUGGGUUCAGAAAAGGAAUUGACAUACUGAGGUGUCCAUACUCUUGACACAGAACAUUCAGUGCCUAAUAUCUGUUAACGUUUCAUUAAUGUGCUCCUAAUUUCUUCACUCAUCUUUCUGCACCUUCACUUUUCAUUGUCAUCGUCUUAUGAUUCUACUUAUGUUUCUGAUGACAGUUGCAUGACUGUUGGUCAUUGCGGUACUGCAAAUACAACAGUUUAAUCUCUUUUGGUUUUAACUACAGUAUGGUGGAGCUGUUGUUCCUACUCUUACAUUUUUAAUAUUGAUAACAAGUAAAAAACACUCUAAUCAUGCUCUUUACUAGCGUGUUGGGGUGUGUUUGCAGAGGUCACUGCACAAUAACAAAUCAUCACACAAAAUAAAUACCUCACAGUGUGUUUCAUAUUGGUGCUACUUCAUUAAUCUAGUGUUUGUUUUUUUUCUUAGCUUUAUUUGUAAGCUACUUUUUAUACAUUUUAAAGGGGUUCAUGCAAUCUCAUUUAAACAGUGUUUAUAUAUUUUCUUAAUCUGUACUAGAAAAUGUUUUUUUAAUGUU